AUUCUGGUAAAUAUAUAGUUCAAAAAAUCAUGUGUAUUAAGAUAUGCUAACAUCACCCUUGAUCAUUCGCUAAAACCUUUCCCUAAUGGCCAUGAUUUAACAUCUUUUCUCAUUGAAAUAUGAAUUUUUGCAGAAGGUGAGUCUUCACGAUAGGUGGCAAGUGUUUAGAGGAAAGAGUACAGACCAAAAUGAUUUGGUAUACACAUUGAAAAGAUCGUCGAUGUUUCAGUUGAUUAAGCCAAAGCUAGAUGUUUUCUUAGCUCCUAAUAAGGAAAUGAAGGAAUGUGACUUCCAUGUCAAAGGAAGUUGGAUCGACCGGUCCUCUACCAUCUAUGCUGGAAAAUCUGACGUAAUUGUUGCACAGAUGCACAAGAAACAUACCGCGCAGAGCAUAUUGAUAGGGAAGAGUAAUUUCUCGGUUACGGUGUAUCCGAAUGUUGAUUAUGCGUUUAUAGUCUCUCUCAUUGUAAUUCUCGAUGACAUUAACCGAGAAGAUUCCGGAGAGUAAACACAAUUUUCUUGUGAAUGAUUCUUGAUAUUUCUUUUGCUACAUUUUAGAUGGUGUUUUAAAUUAGUUAUUAUGUUUCAUAAUAAUUCUCAUUUUAAAUUUUUUAUUUUGUUUCAAAAUAAAUGUCAUUCUACAAUUCUAAUGUAAUUUUGUACAUUAAAUCUAUGUUUUACCCUUUUGAAUAACCAAUACAUUUUUAUUUGAA